CUUUCUAUCAAAUUUUGCUCGAUCAUGGCGGCUGCAACUUUCCGCUUCGGCAUGGUGUUUUACGGGGUCGUUUUGAUGAUGCUGGUUUUGUGCAACAGUGAUACAGUGACAGGUGAAAAUGCUGCAACGUCUACUACUGCUAGUAGUACUAAACCAACACCAACCACCAAGAACAACAGCAUAUCAUCGACAACAGUACCACCAACUACUAAACACAAUCCCACAACAGUAUCAACUGCAAAACCAAAGAGUACAGUGUUGCCGACUUCUAGUAAUCAUAGCACAGCAGUACCAACUUCAAAUGGAACUAAAAGCACACCAACUUCAAAUGGAACUAAAAGCACACCAACAUCAAAUGGAACAAGCACAGCAACACCAACUGCACAUGGAAAUCAUAGCACAACAGUGAGCUCUACUAAUAUGAGUCCUACACCAACACCAGAAGGGCAUGGUACUGACCGUGGCAAGUGGGUGGCCACAGGUUUUGCUGUCGCCUUUUUCAUUACAACCAUUGUAAUGACAGUGCUAUAUUGCCGGCAGCGCAAGAUUUACCGCGAGCUGGAGGGUGACAGUUCACUGUCCCGGCUGAUUUAGAGGAACUCGGGGGCUGGAAGUGAAGUUAAUAAUGUUUUGUAACAGUAGUGUAGUUACUUUACAAAAACCUGUUAUUGUCACUUUUGAUUACAAACAAAAUGAAUGGUUUGCAAAUUGUUUUAAGCCAUUUGGCCACCAACAUGCCAGCUCUUGAGUGUGGGCUAUGUAUAUGUAUGCAUAAAGUGUAACCAUUCAAAAGGUAUAAAGUGGCACUUUCAGACAAUUCUUUAUUUUCACUCUCUUUUAUCCUCUUCUCUUUUCUUUUUCUUUUUCUUUCUGUUUUUUUUUUUUCUUGUCUCUGUAGUUUUUUUCUUUCUUUUCCCUUUCUCAUUGUAAUUAAUGAAUGUUGAUAAGCAAGCUGGACACAGAUUUCAAAGUAUGCUGUUAUUGGUAUUCCCAGCCAACACGAGGCCUGUCCAAGGCUAGCCUCUUGCCCUGACUUUAGUUGCUCUCUGUUGAGGACAGCUACCAAAACUAAGAUCAAGCAGAGGUUAGAAUAGAGAGCAGUUAAGAUGCUUGAUAGAAAUUGCUAAUGGACAAGGUCGAAAAUGUGCCCUCAUGUUCUUGAUCUUGGCCAAUUGAGUCCCCUAUGAAGUAUUUCAUGUUUGAGUGGUUUAACUCUAUUUUCUUUGUCUUAAAACAACUUUUCCUAAC